UCUUACGUCCAGUGCCUGAGCGGUGAGCUGGCCACGGCACAGAUUUCUCCCCUCUGCUCGGAUUACUUAUCUCCUCUCUAACGGAGCUCUUUCUUGUUUUGUUCCUCCGUGCCCGGUAGAUAUCGGAGUAUUCAGUAGUGAUCUGUUUGGUGCGCAGUAGCGCGCAAAACCUAUUGCGAGGCUGCGCCUCCGCGGCAAUGGAUUGAUCUCAGUGUGGUGUUUUUUCUUCUUUUCUUUUUUUUUUUUUUUUUUUCUUUACGACCUCUGCUUCGACCAAGUUGAGAAAACAGUCUCUAACCUGCGGCUCUCUCCUUCCAGCUGCGUGUUUCACCAGCGGAGCUCUAAAAGUACCGGGAUCUGGAUGUUUUUGCACAUUUUAGGACUUUGAACUUUUUCUUCUUCUUCUUCUUCUUUUUUUUUUUUUUGAACCCUCCUUGAUGUGUUUGCAGGAGGCUUGCCUGGGAUUCUAAGGAUAUAUAUAUAUAUCUUAUUUCUUUGGAGGGGGCUUUUCAACAUCUUCUCCGAGGUUUCCGGAAAGCCUGCAGAGAUUUAUUCGUGAAAAGUGAUGGCCGAGCGAGGAGCUCCGGCGCUCCUCUCUCUCCUCUGUCUCACCUUUCUCUUCACCGAGACCACCGCGGCAAAGCAUGUCGACAAAGGCUCAGCAGCGCAGCCCUUCAGCCCUUUCUGGUUCACGGUGGAGCCCCAGGACACGCUGGCCAUCCGGGGGAACUCCGCGCUGCUCAACUGCUCGGCGCACAGCGACGAGGCCUCGCCGGCGCGGAUCGAGUGGAAGAAGGACGGCACCUUCAUGAGUUUGGUCUCGGACGAGAGGCGGCGUGUCCUUCCGGACGGCUCGCUGUUCUUCACCCAUGUGGUCCAUUCAAAGCACAACAAGCCGGACGAGGGCACGUAUCAGUGCGUGGCCAACAUCGACAAUGUGGGCUCCAUCUCCAGCCGCACGGCGCGCCUCGCUGUAGCAGGAAUUCCCCGGUUCGCCAGCCAGCCGUCGCCGGCCUCCGUCCACGUCGGGGACAGCCAGGUGAUGGCGUGCGAGGUCAACUCGGACCUGGUUCCGUUCACGCGCUGGGAGAAGGACAAGGAGGUGUUGGAGCUGAGUGACCGGUUGAUCCAGCUGCCCAGCGGGGCCCUCGUUAUCAGCAACGCCUCGGAGACGGACGCCGGCCUCUAUCGCUGCGUCGUGGAAAACGUGGGUUCCUCCAAGUCCAGCGACGAGGCCCCGCUGCAGACCAUCCCAGAACCUGGAGUGGAGAGGAAGCUGGAGUUCCUGGUGCAGCCUGCGUCUGUGGCCAAGCUGCUGGGCGCUGGCGUGUUGCUGCCGUGCGUGGCCACAGGUUACCCCCCACCACACAUCCGCUGGAUGUUUGGAGACAAAGCGCUGGAGGAAAGCGACAGUCGUGUGGAAGUGACGGGAGGCGGCAGCCUCCAGAUUUCCAACAUUACGGAGGAAGAUGGCGGCGUGUACACCUGCGUGGCUGAAAACUCCAACACCACCAUCGAAGCCCAGGCCCAGCUCACAGUUCAAGUUCCUCCCCAGUUUGUCAAACGGCCCACCAACAUCUACGCCCACGAGUCCAUGGACAUCGUCUUCGAGUGCGAAGUUUCGGGCUCGCCCGCUCCCACCGUCAAGUGGGUCAAGAACGGAGACGCCGUCAUCCCCAGCGACUACUUCAAGAUAAUUAAGGAGCACAACCUGCAGGUUCUGGGUCUUGUCAAGUCUGACGAGGGUUUCUACCAGUGCCUGGCAGAAAACGAUGCCGGCAACAUCCAGUCGAGCGCGCAGCUCAUCAUCUUGGAUCACGACGUAGCCCUGCCCGCCUUCCCCCCCCCUUCACUGACUCCUAACACUACUGACCAUGUAACAGCAGGCUCCGGAGGCGUGGCCGCGCCGGCGGGGCCCACCCCCUCCGCGCCGCGGGACGUCGUGGCUUCCCUGGUCUCCACCCGCUUCAUCAAGCUGACGUGGCGCCAGCCGGCCGAGCCGCACGGAGACGACCUGACCUACUCCGUGUUCUACAGCCAGGAGGGAACCAGCAGGGAGCGGGUGGUGAACACCAGCCGACCAGGAGAGAUGCAGGUCACCAUCCAGAACCUGAUGCCAGACACCAAGUAUCGCUUCAGGGUGGUGGCGCACAACAGCAACGGCCAGGGCGAGAGCUCAGCAGCACUCAAAGUGGCCACCCAAGCUGAAGUGCAAGUGCCGGGUCCAGCUCCCAACCUGCAGGCGGUGUCCAACACUCCGACCUCCGUCUUCCUCAGCUGGGAUAAACCCCUCACAGGCAACGGGGACAUCCUCUCCUACAAGCUCUACUACACAGACAGGAGUGUUGGCACAGAAGAGGAUGUUGACAUAGACGGCCAGUCGUACACCAUGGCUGGACUGAAGAAGAACACAGAGUACAGCUUCCGCGUGGUGGCCAACAACAAGCACGGCCCGGGGGUCUCCACGGAGGACGUCAUGGUCCGGACACUUUCUGACGUUCCAAGCGCCCCUCCUCAAAAUCUCACCUUGGAGGUCCAGAACUCAAAGAGCAUCAUGGUUCGGUGGCAACCGCCUCCGCUCAGCGGGCAGAACGGGGAAAUCACCAGCUACAAGAUACGCUACCGGAAAGUUCCACGGAGGAGCGAAUCAGCUGUGACCACUGCUGGGACGGAGCUCUACAAGCUCAUCGAUGGCCUGGAACCCGGAACGGAGUAUUCUUUCCGAGUGUCGGCCGUGACUGUGAACGGGACGGGACCGGCCACCGAGUGGGUCCCAGCAGAGACGUUUGAGAGCGACCUGGACGAAUCUCGCGUACCGGACCAGCCCAGCUCGCUGCACGUCCGCCCGCUGGUCAACAGCAUCGUGGUGAGCUGGACGCCGCCGGAGAACCAGGACAUUGUGGUGCGCGGCUACACCAUCAGUUACGGCAUCGGGAGCCCCCACGCUCAGACCAUCAAAGUGGACUACAAGCAGCGCUACUACACUAUUGAGAACCUCAACUCCGGCUCCCACUACGUGAUCACGCUGAAGGCCUUCAACAACGUGGGGGAGGGGAUCCCCGUGUACGAGAGCGCGGCCACCAGAGUGCAGUCAGACCCCAUAGACCCCGAUGUUGACUUGUACGAACUGUUCCAUGCUCCAUACACCCCAGCACCCGACCCCAGUCCCAUGAUGCCUCCUGUGGGCGUGCAGGCCUCCGUGCUGAGCCACGACACCAUCAAGGUGACGUGGGCUGACAACUCGCUGCCCAAGAACCAGAAGAUCACCGACAACCGCCACUACACCGUGCGAUGGAAGACCAACAUCCCCGCCAACACCAAAGUGAAGAUGGCCAACAGCACAAGCCUGAGCCACGUAGUGACAGGCCUGAAGCCCAACACGCUUUACGAGUUCUCCGUCAUGGUGACCAAGGGCCGCCGCGCCAGCACAUGGAGCAUGACCGCUCAAGGGACCACCUUUGAGACCAUCCCCAGCUCCGCCCCAAAAGACGUGACAGUGGUGAGCAAAGAGAACAAGCCACGCACCAUAAUAGUCAACUGGCAGCCUCCCUCUGAAGCCAACGGGAAAAUUACCGGUUACAUUAUCUACUACAGCACGGACGUCAACGCGGUGGUCCACGACUGGGUCAUCGAGCCUGUGGUGGGGAACCGCCUCACACACCAGAUCCAGGAGCUGACUCUGGACACCACGUACUACUUCAAGAUCCAGGCCAGGAACUCCAAAGGAAUGGGGCCCAUGUCGGAGCCGGUGCAGUUCAGAACUCCCAAGACUGAGUCCUCUGACAAAAUGGCUAAUGACCAAGCUUCAAAUAUCCCACCAAAGCCAGGACCUCCAGGCAACUCGUAUCCAGUUGCCCCUCGAAAUUCAGAUGGUAAAAUAGGUCCCAGAAAUGAGAAUCUCACCGUGAUCAUCGUCAGCAUAAUCGCAGUGGGAGUCUUCACCACCAUAGUGGUGGUAGUGGGAGCCUUACUGUGCACGCGGCGCAGCACGUCCCAGCAGAAAAAAAAGCGAGCGGCCUCGAAGUCGUCAAACGGCUCCCAUAAGUACAAGGGAAACUCCAAAGACCUGAAGCCGCCCGACCUUUGGAUUCACCACGAGAGGCUGGAACUGAAACCCAUAGACAAGUCGCCGGAACCCAACCCGGUCAUGACCGAGACGCCCAUCCCCCGCACCUCGCAGGACAUCACCCCCGCCGACAGCGGCCUGGAGAGCAACCCCCACCUGCAGCAGCGGCGCAACUCCUACCGAGGCCACGAAUCAGACGACAGCAUGUCCACACUUGCAGGCCGCCGGGUGAUGAGGCCUAAAAUGAUGAUGCCUUUUGACGCUCAGCCGCCCCAGCCUGUGAUUAGUGCUCACCCCAUCCAUUCCCUCGAUAACCAUCAUCACCAUUAUCACAUGGGCAGCCUGGUAUCACCGACACGCAGCUACCUCUACCAUCAAGGCAGCGGGUACCCUCGCCCGCACGCCUGCGCCACCCCCAUCUCCCACCUAGAGAGGGUGGACUCUUCAGAAUCUGUGAGGAACACGCCGAGUUCGGAGCCCCUCCCUCCGCCUACCACCUCCUCCCAGGUCUCCUGCCCCUCUGAAAUCAUGGCUGACCCAGAGGGCAGCUACCACGGCUCCACCACCACCGAGGAAGAGCCCAGCUACUCCAGCAACCUGCCGCCACACCGGCCAGCCCACCCGCACGCCCACGCACACCCCCUCAAGAGCUUCGCCGUGCCGGCGAUCCCGGUCUCCGGCCAUCCGUCAUACGAGUCCCCCGCCCUGCCCAGUACGCCUCUGCUCGCUCAGACCGGUGAGCUCUCACCUCAGACAUACCCAGAGUCUGUUUACCACCAGUGGCCUCCCACUCACCCUCACGUUGUAAAAACGGCCUCCAUCGGAACACUAGGAAGAACACGCACGCCAAUGAUCGUAACGGUGCCCAACGCCCCCGACGUGCCAGAGACGAGCAAAAUGCUGGAGGAUGUAGACAGCUCUCAUUAACCAGUCUCCCAGCUCGCCUCACCACCUCCCCUCCCCAUCCCACUCCUUCCUGUCGGCCUCUGAUGGAUCCCCUGACUGACCUCCUCUCCCUCCUUUCCCUCUUCUUCUUUCCUCUCUUCCUUCCCCCACUCCCAGGUGCUUGCCUCCCUGCCCCCCUGUCCCUCCCCGGCCCCUCGCAGUAACCCUAUUCCUCUCCCUCAGAGCUACGAGCCCGACGAGCUGACCGAGGAGAUGGCGCACCUCGAGGGCCUGAUGAAAGACCUGAACGCCAUCACCACAGCGCCAUGACCAUGCACUCGCUCGCUCGCUUGCUCAGAGAGACGCACUCGCACACACUUCC